GUUGUUUUAGUGAUACCAUGAGUGCAGCAUGCACAGAUACGAGCAUUAGUUCUGAUGUAACAACAACAAGCACAACGGCAGAUGGAUAUGUUACGAAGAACGACAUGCAUGUAUAUCUUCAUGGAGAUCAAGAAGCAACAACAAGUUUCAAGUCGUGUUCAAUGCAGGAGCCGCAUUGUUUGAAGAAAGAACACAGUUCAACGCUUCACGAUAAGGAGAAGAACGAUCAAAUACACCACAUAUCGGAAAGUCAACAACACCAUCAAUCGCAAAGUUCCCAACGUCCAAAAUCGGCCCAACAAGAUCUAGAUUGGUCUUUUUUAAAAAAUGGCUACUUAUUCGAUCGGGAGGAAGAGCAGAAGCAGCUUCUGAGUAGUUUUUACAGAACUAACUUGAACAGCAACAGCAUCGAAUUGAACACCAAAAAAGAAUUUGUUCUUGUAUCAGGCUUGUCAGGGACGGGAAAGACUGCGCUUGUAGAAGCGACUUUAAAGGAUAUCGUAACAAACCACCAAGCUGGUAACGGUUAUUUCCUUUCCGGGAAGCUCGAUCAAUGGAACAACAGUCAAUGCAACCACACAAGUUCUAAGAGUCCUCCACAACGGCCAUACGCUCCGUUUGUGGCGGCUUUUUCAAACUUUGUGGACCUAGUUUUGAAAAAGAACAACAAUGAGGUCGAAAGGAUUAGGGAGCUGACCUGCUCAAGCAUGAGCAAGGGAGACAUAGAUCUGCUGCUUGAGACCUUUUCAUCACUCACGAGAAUAAUCCAGCCAACCCACGAAGGUCAACAGGAACACCAAUGCCGCGACGAAAGCACGAACACAGAACGAGGGCCGUUGUAUUCCCAAAAAAAGACAGCAGCCACCACAUAUCCAAAMAAUAUUAUCCAGAGUCGGAGGAAGCAGCAGCAACAAUGUAAGAGCAACUCARCCAACAUCAACAAUACCAGCAGCAGUAUCGAGACACAGGCAACUACCACUCACGACCGCCAGAAACAGCUUGCGCGAGUUGUCCGAACGUUUCUGAAAAGCGUUUGUGACCCUCGCACGCGACCGGUCGUCUUGCUGAUCGACGAUUUGCAGUGGGCCGAUCCGGGGACGCUGGUCUUGUUGCAUUCCCUCUUGCUGACGGAUUCCGAAUCGAAAUUGCAAGCUCAAACAUCACGAAAGAUUGAGAACUACGAACUGCGAAACGAAUUCACGAAAACGACCGAGAGCAAUGGGAGUAUUCACUCGCCCAGCGGGCUAUUGCUAGUCGGCACCUGCCGGCACAAUGAAGUCGAACUCGACCACGACCUGGCCAAAUUGUUGCGUACCCUCGAAGACGAAGACAACGUUACCAUUCGACAAAUCGAGGUGUCCAACUUGUCCCGUUCCGUGUGUAAAGAACUCGUGGCAAACGUUUUGGGCAUUCCYRCGGAUCAUUCCGAAUGGAAAGAUUCCCUAGACCCGUUGGUUGAUAUUGCGUACGAUCAAACCAAGGGAAACGUUUUUUUCCUUUUGCAAUUCCUUCGAUCGUUACACGACGAAGGAUAUCUGCAGGCCCAACAACGUCCACGAGCGAUAUCGUCACAAGUAAUAAGGCGCACAACUACCAUCGAGACUGCACAGACGCAAGCAGAGAAGUGUUCGAAGACCAUAAUCAAGUCGUCUCUUCCAGCUGCCGCCGAAGAUUCUUGCUCGUCAUCUACUAAUUCUUUGGACCGGCAACGGCAAUUAUCAUCAUCAUUAGAGACAAGCUGGCUAUGGAACGAGGACGCGAUCCGAUGCAGUGCUCUCCAUGGUGUGGCACACACCAGCCAGGAUGCUGUCUCAAUACUGGCUUAUCUAAUGAGACGACUGCCCUCAGACGUUCAGGAAACGCUGAAGGUAGCGUCCUGUCUCGGGUCUGAAUUCAGCGCGAAGCUGCUCCUCCGGGCGAUGCCAAAUCGUUCAAACCAACACCUUUCGAUGAUGGGGUAUGCAUACUGUCCURGACUGCUUUCCGAKUCUCUGGAUUUAAUGAUUGAAAAAGAAUUAGUGAGAAUGAAUACCGGGAGUGGGAGCUUUCGGUUUUGCCACGACAAGAUUCAGCAGGCUGCAGCGGCUUUAAUCCAAGACGACCAACGAGACGUCUUUUACACUAACGUUGGGCGUAGACUACUGGGUCACGCUCAGCGCCAGGCGGAUACAAACAGCAACURCAGCGAUGACGCUGACUAUUGUAUCUUCUUGAUUGUGAAUUUGUUAUUGCAUGGGCUUUCAGCGAACAUCAUAAAUGAUAAGGCCGAGAAAAAGAUGGUUGCUUCCAUCUUGCUUGAGGCAGGGGAACUGGCGAUCGGCAUGGGCGAUUUUGUGACGGCGGCAACUUAUCUCGAUCUGGGAAUCAAGUGUCUUAAAAGCAAUUUUGUCGACGUUCAGAACGGAUACUGGAGAGACGAAUACGAUUUUUCUCUGGCCAUUUAUAGCGCUGCAGCCGAAGUUGAGUACUGUACGGCUAACUUUGAGCGUAUGGACAACCUCAUUAAGGAGAUACUGUUGAAUGCCAAGAACCUUCGAGACAAGAUGAGGGCAUAUUUUGCAAUGAUCAAUUCUCUCGGCAGCCGCGAGCGUCUCUGCGAAGCAAUUGCACAGGGAUUUAGUUUGUUGGAAGUCUUGGGGGAGCGCUUUCCCAAAAGAACCAACAAAAUGUUUCUAUUUUUGGACCUGAUGAAAACAAAACGCAUGGUGAAGUCCUCCUUUGAUAUCUAUAGUGAUAUUGGACAGGUGCCUCUCAUGCAAAACGAGAACAAACUGGCCGCAAUGAGAAUACUGAAUCUUAUUUACCCUUAUUGUAUCGUGCUCAAACAUCCCAAGGCRCCCUUUGCCUGCUUUCGAAUGGUUCAGCUAUCCCUUAAGUACGGUUUUACUUCCACUUCAGCUACGGGAUUUUCUGGAUACGGGUUUAURCUAUGCGCUAUGGGAGAGUUAAUUAAUGGUAACCGAAACGGGAGGUUGGCAGUCUCGCUAGUCGAUCAUUUUGAUGACAGGCAGUUGGUACCCCGAGUCACCGCAGUAUAUUAUGGCUAUAUUAAAAGCUGGACCACGGUACGUAAUGAAGUCGAAAAUAUGCAAAAUGAAUUUUCUGGCUGCUUGGUUCGUCAUUGAUGCUUUUUCCAGUUGUUUGUCGAUUGGAAACUUACGUGCUUUUUGUAUAAUAAUUCUCUUGACGACUCUCAUUUUUCUAUUUAGCCACUAAGAUUUGUUCUCGAGCCCUUGAUGGAAUGCCAUAAAAUGGCUUUUUGUACAGGAGAUAUAGAAUUUGCUUUGGUCAAUGCAAGUUUGUGGGCGGCGAAUGCCUUUCAUGCUGGACUGCCCCUUGACCAAAUGGAGGCCGAGGUUAGCAAGUUUKUGACAGUGGCCAUCAAAUUUCGACAGACAUCUUGCACGUCCGUCAUUACGCCCUUGCUUCAACAAAUCUAUAAUCUUCAAGCGAACGACAGCAGCAAUACUUCCAUCAACCAACAGCAAAUACCAUGGAUACUGACCGGGAAGGCCUGCGAUGAAGAACGACUCAUGGGAGAAGCAUUGCUAUCAAAUAACAUAUUAUGUGUUGCUGCAUUUCACUUUCGAAAGCUAUGGCUCGCCUAUGUGUUUCAUAAUUAUGAGUUUGCGUUUGAAAUGGCGCGAAAAUGUUACAUCACGAUGAAGAGCAAUCCUGCUGCCUUCACUGUCUUCUCGUACAAAUUUUUUGAGAGCAUGACGUGCCUGGCCUUGGCGGCUGAUGCUACUACAAAAAACAAACGAAAAAAAUUUACCAAAAUUGCAACUCGUUCCCUACAAUUCAUGAAGAAACACGCGAUUCACUGCAAAGCGAACUGUCAAAACAAGGUUCUGAUGGUCGAGGCGGAGUUUCGGAUCGCAAAAGGGGAUUUAAAUGGCGGUCUCGAACUCUUUGAGAAAUCCGCAUCCUUUGCGGAAGGAGAAGGGCUGGUGCACGAACAAGCACUUGCGUACGAGAGAGCGGGAUUGACCGUACUGAAGCAUGCCCAAACUUUGAAAAACAGAAGAUCGUUAUCGGAUGCGCAGAAUGUAUAUCGUGAUGCCAAUGAUUACUUUGAGAAGUCGGUUGAGCUGUAUCGGCUGUGGGGAGCAAUCGCAAAGGUUGAUCACUUGAUAGCAGAAGGUUACGUGACCAGAAGUCGACCAGACGCGUUCCGAAGGGUGGCAUACCUGACYAAUAUCACAGAAGGGCACGCUACGUAGCCUUGAUCACWCUCACAUCAAACCCAUUGGCAUCAUAGUACGCUUAACACAACAAUUGAAUACAUUAAUAGCUUUAAU